UACCUCUGUUCUCGCACACACUAGAAUAUCCCCGUCAUAUCGUUUUGAAUAUUCAGCUAAGAUAACACCGUAUACAGCAAGCGCACAUAAAUGUAUAGAAAUGAUUAACCUAGAUGCGAAAAUAAUUAACACGAUACUGUUUAGCGUUUAAUAUCAAUUAAGCCAGGUUUUGACAGAUGGUUUCACCGAGAAAUUGUCAAAAUGUGUUUCGAUUUAAGUGAAGGUGAAAACGUCAUCGGCUACGUCCAAUCCGGAACGCAGCGCGUCGCUGCUUUCGGCAUUCGCUUCCACUCGGACGCAUAUCCAUUCAAUACGAAGCGGCAAUGGCAGCACUGAGGACGGCACUCCAUAGACGGCUCAGUCGACCCUUCCCCCUGACCUUGGGGCCCUUGCGUUGGGCCAGCUCCUCUUUCAAGGCGUCAGAACUGACGAUCGAGCGCAGUGGAGUGAUGAGGCCCAAACCCGACCCCUCCACGCUGGUGUUUGGGAAGCAGUUCUCCGACCACAUGCUGACCAUCAACUGGUCAGAGAAAGGAGGCUGGGAGCCGCCCCAGAUAAAACCUUUCCAAAAUCUCUCCCUGCACCCCGCCUCCUCUGCUCUGCACUACUCCAUAGAGCUCUUUGAAGGGAUGAAGGCCUUCCGGGGAGUGGACAACCACAUCCGCCUCUUCAGGCCCAUGCUGAACAUGCAGAGAAUGUUCCGGAGCGCGGAGCGGAGCUGCCUGCCCCUCUUUGAUAAGGCGGAGAUGCUGGAGUGCAUCCGGAAGCUGGUGGAGCUGGAUCAGGAGUGGGUCCCGUACUCCACCGACGCCAGCCUCUACAUCCGACCCACCUUCAUCGGCAUUGAGCCUUCCCUGGGGGUGACACGGGCCGGCCACGCCCUGCUCUACGUGAUCUUGGGCCCCGUGGGGCCCUACUUCGCCACGGGGGCCUUCAACCCCGUGUCCCUGCUGGCGGACCCCAGCUUCGUCCGGGCCUGGAGGGGGGGCGUCGGGGAGUACAAGAUGGGGGGGAACUAUGGGCCGACGAUCGCGGUGCAAAGCGAGGCGGUGAAGCAGGGCUGCCAGCAGGUGCUGUGGCUGUACGGAGACCGCGAGGAGAUCACCGAGGUGGGCACCAUGAACCUCUUCAUCUACUGGACCACCAAGAAAGGAGAGAAAGAGUUGAUCACUCCACCUCUGGACGGAAUUAUACUCCCGGGAGUCACCAGGCAAUCUCUGCUGGAUUUGGCCCGAGAAUGGGGCGAGUUUAAAGUGACGGAGCGCACCCUGGACAUGAAGGAGCUGCUGCAGGCUUUGGACGCUGGCCGGGUUCUGGAGGUGUUCGGGUCUGGAACCGCCUGCGUCGUCUGCCCCGUCGGAAGCCUGCUCUACAAAGGAAAGACCUAUGAAAUUCCGACCAUGAAGAACGGUCCAGACCUGGCCAAACGAUUCUACCAGGUGCUCACGGACAUUCAGUACGGAAGGACGAAGUCUGACUGGGCGCCGUUGGUGAUUUAGCUGUUCUGUCUGUGAAGGUCACCUGUCAGUCAAGGCCAGCUUCACUAAUCACUACAAAGGAUUGGAACUUCUGGACUCCCAGCUCCGCCCACCACUGCACUUUCACUGAUUGGCUGAGUGGCUGAGAUGGGCGGGUUCUGUGUGUCUUGGAGGCAGUUGGACUGCAACUGCCGUCCGUUUCAUUCUCCUCGUUAACUUUAAAAAGGGAUAGGUGUUAGCAAGUCUCCACGCCUGCUCUCCGUGCAGUGGGGAAAUAGGUUUCCGUUUCAGUGUAAAUAUGUAUUUUUUCUGAACUGUACAGCGCAAAUCAUUUCUUAUUCACUCAUUACUCCAUGAAAUAACAGGACAGGACGCUGUCUCUACGCUAUAGGAAAGCACUAAAGUGCAACUAAAACAGACAAACAAAACGUUAAUGUGAAAUUGCACAAUGAGUGCAUUUAUGCAGCAAUGGUAGUACUGUAUUACACUGGUGUUACACAAACAGCUGUAUUUUCCCCUUAAAUUUACAUUUUUAACAAGAACCCAUAUGCAGUUUAAUUUUAUAAAAAGUAUAUAUACAAAGGACAGACAGAAGUGCAGUAAUUUAUCAGAUGAUUUUUGAUGUUCAAACGUCGCAGGUUUGAAUGCAGAAGUGUUUUUCGACAAUGAGUGUCAGCAUCGCCGGGGUUACUAUCCAUUAUUGAAGGUUUUGUCUUCUUUUCUGAAAACUAUGAUGUUGUCAGAACUUGAAUAAGAUAACUUUUUGGAUAACUUUAUUUAUGAACAUAUAUAUUUAACCUGAGGUGCUUUUUAGCAAUGUCACGUAAAAGGGUUUGUGCUGACCCCCGUGUUUUAAGCUGUGUAGGGAUGUACAUAUCAUAUGUAUGUGUGCAAAUGAGCUGGAGAAAAAAAUGGAUUAUGUACCACUAAGUAAAAUGUACUGUCGACCAAUACGAGAGGGUGAUCAAAAGUCAGAUGAGAAGAGACUUAACGCACAUACGCACAAAAAGAAACAACAUCAACAACAAAACAAAACUAACGAGGAGAGAAGAUGGGACGUGGAACAUUGAGCAAUCUUGGAAGUAUGAGGACUGGACUUGAAACUGCUCUUCAGACAGACGCUGUUAGUGCCGCUGCACUUGCCGUUGUGCUGCUGCAAACCCGUUGUCUGUUGUGUGUGAACAGUGUGUAGUGCUUUUAAGACUCCAGUUUUAAGUAUCGCUAACUUAUUUUGUAUCGUCCUUGGAUCGGUACUGCGGAUCGUGGUUUUUCAGUCUGUGUGUUUUUUUUAAAAUGUUUUAAAAUUUCGUCGUUUCUUUCAUCGGCACUCCUGUCUGUUACCCAGCGACACUCCCGCCUCCCCGCCUGCGGAAGAGCCUCGCUCCACGUAGCGCUCUCUCGCGGCGUGCUCACGCUCCGUGGCUCCCUGUGGUCAGUGGUCCUGUCCUGUCCUCUCGUCAGGACUUAAAGUUGUUACUGAACUCUGCCUCCACUGUAUUUUUACAAUAAACCUUUGCUUUCUGCUCCAUAA